CUCCAAAACACACUCAAAAUCAAAAUCAAAAUUCUUAUUCUUCUAACAAUGGAUUCCAAGAUCGGAGCAAUCACCGUCGCCGGCGCCGCCGCCGCCACCAACGGUCACAUUUCCAACGGUACUCUCUGCACUCUCCCUGAGAACGGUCACCACGUUUCCACCAUCCAAACCACCUCCUCCAUUCCCUCCGCCGCCGCAGAGUACUCCAGUACCUUAGGCAGCCACAUUGCUCGCCGCCUCGUUCAAAUAGGCGCAGCCGACGUAUUCUCCGUCCCCGGCGACUUCAACCUGACCCUUCUCGACCACCUCAUCGCCGAACCAGGACUGAAACUCAUCGGCUGCUGCAACGAGCUCAAUGCCGGAUACGCCGCAGAUGGGUACGCCAGAUCUCGCGGCGUCGGUGCAUGCGUGGUCACUUUCACCGUCGGCGGACUGAGCGUUCUAAACUCCAUCGCCGGCGCUUACAGCGAGAAUCUGCCUGUUAUUUGUAUAGUCGGUGGUCCCAAUUCUAAUGACUAUGGAACUAACAGGAUUCUGCAUCAUACUAUUGGACUUCCAGAUUUCAGCCAAGAGCUUAGGUGUUUUCAAACUGUUACUUGUUAUCAGGCAGUGGUGAACAAUUUGGAAGAUGCCCAUGAACAAAUUGACACAGCAAUUUCUACAGCUCUAAAGGAAUCUAAGCCUGUGUAUAUCAGCAUUGCCUGUAAUUUGGCUGCCAUUCCACAUCCCAGUUUUAGUCGAGAGCCAGUCCCCUUUUCAAUUGCUCCAAGAUUGAGCAAUAAAAUGGGAUUAGAAGCUGCAGUUGAAGCAGCAGCUCAGUUCUUAAACAAAGCAGUUAAGCCAGUAAUGGUAGGUGGUCCGAAUCUCCGAGUUUCUAAUGCAAGUAAAGCAUUCAUCGAGCUAGCUGAUGCAAGCGGUUACGUGUUCUCGGUUAUGCCAUCGGCUAAAGGUCUUGUUCCUGAAAACCACCCUCAUUUUAUUGGAACUUAUUGGGGUGCAGUUAGCACUCCUUUCUGUGCCGAAAUAAUAGAGUCAGCCGAUGCUUAUUUAUUCGCGGGUGGUUUGUUCAAUGACUAUAGCUCGGUUGGGUACUCUUUGCUUUUAAAGAAGGAAAAGGCGGUAAUUGUUGAACCGAAUAGGGUUGUUAUCGCGAACGGGCCGACUUUCGGUUGUGUUUUUAUGAAGGAUUUCUUGAAAGCACUUGGAAAGAGGCUCAAGUGUAAUACCACUGCUUACGAGAAUUAUUAUAGGAUCUUUGUACCUGAAGGGAAAGCUUUAAAGGGUUCACCUAAAGAGGCUUUAAGGGUUAAUAUCUUGUUUGAACAUAUUCAGAAUAUGCUUUCGGAUCAAACUGCUGUUAUUGCUGAGACUGGUGAUUCUUGGUUUAAUUGUCAGAAAUUGAAGCUGCCUAAGGGAUGCGGUUACGAGUUCCAGAUGCAAUAUGGAUCAAUCGGGUGGUCGGUGGGCGCGACUCUCGGUUACGCAGAAGCAGCUAAGGAUAAACGUGUGAUUGCAUGCAUUGGGGAUGGAAGUUUUCAGGUAACUGCUCAAGACAUAUCAACAAUGAUUAGGAAUGGGCAGAAUAGCAUAAUAUUUCUGAUAAACAAUGGUGGGUACACCAUAGAAGUUGAGAUUCAUGAUGGGCCAUACAAUGUGAUUAAGAAUUGGAACUAUACUGGCUUAGUGGAUGCAAUCCACAAUGGUGAAGGAAAAUGUUGGACUACUAAGGUUAGAUGUGAAGAGGAUUUGGUCGAGGCAAUUGGAACCGCGAUGGGCGAGAAGAAGGAUUGUUUGUGUUUCAUUGAAGUGAUUGUUCAUAAGGAUGAUACCAGCAAAGAGUUGCUCGAAUGGGGGUCUAGGGUUUCUUCGGCGAAUAGCCGACCACCCAAUCCUCAGUAGGAAGUUUGAAUUGGUUUUGUUUGUUGUCGUUGUUUGUGUGUGUGGAAGUGAGGCAUGUUUCUUUGUUGUUUGUUAGGGUGAACAUUUAUGUUUGAAUUAUUAUUAUUAUUAUGCUUAUGGUAUGGUAUUUGGUAUUUGUAUUGGGUAUCCAAUUGAAAACUGUAAUGGACUAUUUUAUCUCAAUGGAGACGGGUGAUUAAUUAUAAUAUUGUU